CAUACCACAAACGGAUUCAUGUUAUACUCGUAUACUUGAAAUCAUUGUUAACGUGAACGUCGUCAAAUGCAGAGCAGAUACGGAAAUCAAUUAACAGUCACUCGGUCGGGUACUUUGAAAGAAAAACAAAAUAUAAGAAACCAUCGUAAACGUAACUUGUUUGACAACAAAUAACCAUUGCGCCUUGCUUUUAUACAACAAAACAAAACAAGAACAACAUUAGAGUAAACAUUCCAACAUAAAUUGUUGAAGAAAGAACUUUGUGUGUUAAUAAAUGGUUAUGAGUUCCUAGCUAGUCGACAUUUUUGGUCUGCUUGCAUAAAUCAACACCAAACUAAAAUUUUUCAGCUCAAGUUUUAGUCAAUUGGAGGGAAAUGAAAUACUUUGGCGGAAUUGAAGGUGGUGCCACACAUUCACGCUUGGUCAUCUGUGAUGAGAACGGUGAAUGUUGUGCGACUACAACUGGACUCGGAACCAAUCAUUGGAAUGUGGGCAUAGCUGAAUGUGCUCGCCGCAUAGCCGAUAUGGUGGAACGUGCCAAAACCGAUGCAGGCAUACAACAGGAGACACGUUUGACAAGUUUGGGCUUAAGCUUGAGCGGCUGCGAACAGGAGGCAACAAAUCGUGAGCUGGAAAUGGAGUUGCGUACAGCUUUUCCUGAUGUAGCCGAUAAUUACACAGUCACCAGUGAUACAAUGGGAAGUAUUUUCACAGCCUCACCCAUUGGAGGCAUGGUGGUCAUAUCUGGAACAGGAUCCAAUGCGCUGCUAAGAAAUCCCGAUGGUUCUUCGCACAAUUGUGGCGGUUGGGGUCACUUUAUGGGUGAUGAAGGAAGUGCCUGGUACAUAUCACAUCGUGCUAUGAAAAUCGUCUUCGAUGAUAUGGACAACUUUGAAAAAUCUCCCUAUCCUGUUCAACAUAUUUGGAAGCUGAUUGAGGAACAUUUUAACAUACAAAGCCGUCAUGACUUACUUUCACAUUGUUAUGCGAAAUUCGAUAAACCCUUUUUUGCCAGCCUAUGUAAGAAGCUAUCACAUGCCGCCGAACAAGGGGACGAAUUGGCUAAAUUUGUAUUCUAUGAGGCCGGUUGCCAUUUAGCACGUAGCAUUCAGGCCUUAUUACCAAAGGUUCACGACGAAUUGGUCAAGACGGGAGACUUAAGCAUAGCUUGCGUGGGUUCGGUAUGGCUAAGUUGGCCACUGCUUAAAGAUGGCUUUAUUGGAACUAUGAGAAAAUAUAAAAUACCCUUUGGUCUGAAGCUUUUACGCAUUACAAAGAGUAUGGCUUAUGGGGCGUGUUACCUUGGUGCGGAUGGUAUUGGUUUCCCCUUGCCGCGCAACUAUUCGGAUAAUUUUGAUGUUAUGUAUCAGUACAAGGAGUUGCAUACGAAUGGCUCCUUAAAUGGUACUGCCUCCACAAAUGGUUGUUCCAGUGCAAAAUAACAUUGGUUAAGGAACGAGUUUAUUACCCUGGCCCCAAGACAUUCCAUACAAACACAAAUACCAAUACCAAUACAUACAUGCCUUUAUUGAGACUUUCUGUCAAGACAAUCCAUUUUCUUCCCCCACACCUAUAUACAUCCAAUCUACAAAUAUGUAUUAAUGAAGACAUAUAGAUAUAUAGAACAUGCAUAUGUUAACCUUUUUUUUAACAAAAAUAUAUACAUUUAUAUAACAUUAA